AUCAAGUCAAAAUACCUGUAGGUCAAGACUUUUAUCGGUUUCAAUCUGUGAAAAGACACACGAAUCGAUCCAAAGUGAAACAGGUAAGAUCCAACACAAAGUCUGAAAUGACGGGCUGCACCGCCUAGAAUAUAUCUUAUUGUGAUGUUGAAGAUCUUCUUCUUCCCCUUGCGAUCGACGAGAGUUUCUACGCUAGGCGUUCCGAUCGUGGGGAUUAUUCGUUAAAUGCUAAAGCAUCAUUUUCAUUCUGACGUGACAGAUCCCAACCCGUGACAGCGAAAUCAAUGUGGAACAAGUUUGGUGCUUUACAAAAGUAAAAGAACGCGUAGUCUAACGAACUAAGCUUUGAAUCGGCUUAUUUUUUUCUGCGACAUUAUCGAACCUCAAACUCAAACUCAAAGCUAUUCAUUUACAAGAACAUUGAUUGGUCAAAAUGAGGCUCCUGACUCAUAACAUGCUGCAGUGCAACAAAAAAGGCGUCCAGAACGGGUUCCCUCUCAGAAUAAAAGCCAGUAAGAUUGUAUACGAGGAAACGGAGUUCAACGCAGUUUUUAUCGCUGCCAUGGUCCGAAAAGUCGAAUACCCGGCACUGCUGAAAGCGAUAGAGUAUAUUUUUACCGGUUUUGUCUUUUCGGUUUGCAUUUAAUAUCACAUCAAGUUUCACUUUCAUUCGUUCAGGCGUGAUUCUCGAUUGAAGAAAAGGACCUCCUAUGUAUCGCUUUUGUGAGAUGGAAAUGAUGUAACAAAAAAUUAUUUCUGAACAAAACUUGACAGGGACAUCCGGCAUUGCAGCAUUGUACGAGAAGAUGGUGGUCCAGAGAACAUGUCGGACAACAACGAGAGCGAGCCUGUGCCAGAGCUUCCCGUGCUUCCAGCAGUAUGGAUUGCAAAAAUGUCUGGGUCUGGAAGAUUGCGAGAUUUGUCAUGCUUGCCUGGCAUGACAAAAAACUUUGUGAUGCGUGUCCAAGAAGAGACCCUCUGUCUUGCCUGUCAUGCAAAAACGCAGUUUCUCAUGCGAACAAAGCAACACAAAAUAGCGCAGAUAUUUCUCAUGCUUGGCUGUGCAUUACAGAGCACUCACUAUUCCCAACAUAGCAUUACAAGUUUCCAGACCCAGACAUUUUUACAUUUCAUAAGCAGAGCUUCCAGACAACUGGGAGGACGAUGAAGCAUUGCUGGAAAAAUUGCACACGAUCCUGCUCUAUCAAAUGUAAAAAUGUCUGGGUCUGGAAAGUUGCAACUUGUGAUGCUAAUUCCGGAUCGUGCAAAAAUCUGUGUUGCAUGAAUGCCAAAAGCUGUCCACUUUUUACCAAGUUGAGAGGAAGUUUCUCAUGCAGGAUAGGCAUGAUACGGAUCUCACAGAAUCUGUCAUGCUAAGUAGGUCUCGCAUUCCAGACCUCAUGGCUCAUGCAAAACGUGCAUGACAAGUCUCAGAAUUUUCCAGACCCAGACAUUUUUGCAAUCCAUAUGCUCGAUGUCCUUUUAAUCGACGGGAGCUUGGUUUGUCCAGAAUCUGGUCGCGAAUUCCCUGUGGAGAAAGGAAUCCCGAAUAUGCUACUCCACGACGAUGAGAUCUAGACGAAUAUCAUAGAAACGAAGAGGCAAAAGCAAAAGAAUUUCUGAUCUUCAUCGAUCUUGCGCAGGAGGCAAACCGCAAAAAAGCUUUUAGUUUACUGCGAAUUGAGCUUUCAAAGUCAUUGAAGAGACACGUGG